GAUGAUUUCUAAGCAGCAAGGUCUUACCCAGGGUGCCAGGGUAUGGCUGCGGGAGCAGGACCAGCUGCAGCCAUGCACCGUUGCCUCGUGUGCCGAUGGAAACGUGCUCCUCACCUCAGACUAUGGCAAGGUAUUCCAGUACCCCAAGGCUUCCCUCUCCAGAGAAAAGGUGCUGCCAAUGCACCAGAGCAGCAUCGAUGGGGAGGAAGACAUGUCCAUGCUGGGAGAUCUCCAUGAGGCUGCCAUCCUGCUUAACUUGCACCAGCGCUACCAACAGGGUCACAUCUAUACAAACAUCGGCUCUAUCCUGGCCUCGGUGAAUCCCUACAAGCUCAUCCCCGGCCUGUACAGCGAGGACGCCAUAGCCCGGUACAGGCAGCACCGCCUGGGCGAGCUGCCGCCCCACAUCUUCGCCACGGCCAGCGAGUGCUACUGCUGCCUGUGGAAGCGCCACGACAGCCAGUGCAUUCUCAUCAGUGGAGAAAGUGGAGCUGGAAAGACGGAGAGCACCAAGCUGCUGUUGAAGUUUCUGUCAGCCAUGAGCCAGACCUCUGUGGGUGCCCCUGCCUCCGAGAAGAGCACUCACGUGGAGGAAGCCAUCCUGGAGAGCAGCCCUAUUCUGGAGGCCUUUGGGAAUGCCAAGACCGUUUAUAACAACAACUCCAGCCGCUUUGGCAAGUUCAUCCAGCUGCAUUUCUCUCAGCAUGGACACAUCCAGGGAGGGCGAGUCACUGACUAUUUGCUGGAAAAGAACAGGGUGGUACACCAGAACCCUGGAGAGAGGAAUUACCACAUCUUUUACGCUCUGCUAGCUGGUGUGAGUGGGGAACAGAAAGAGAGCCUCUCCCUCUCUGAGCCGGGGAGCUAUCACUACCUGAACCAGUCUGGCUGUGUGAAUGAUGAGAAUCUGAACGAUGUAGAGAUGUUCAGUAAAGUUAUGACUGCCAUGAAGGUGAUGGACUUCAGCUCUGAGGAGAUACGAGACAUCUUCAAACUUCUUUCUGGCACACUUCAUCUGGGAAACGUUGAAUUUAUGACAGCUGGAGGGGCCCAGAUUACAACGAAAGCAGUGUUGAACAUUGCCAGUGAUCUCCUGGGCUUAGAUGCCUUCCAGCUCUCCGAAGUACUGACUCAGAGGUCCAUGAUUCUGCGUGGAGAAGAGAUCAGCUCCCCUCUCACUGUGGAGCAGGCAUCGGACUCCAGAGACUCCCUCUCUAUGGCAUUAUAUUCCCAAUGUUUCUCAUGGCUCAUUAGCAAGAUUAAUACGAAGAUCAAAGGCAAGGAAAACUUUAAGUCUGUGGGCAUCCUGGAUAUCUUUGGCUUCGAGAACUUUCAGGUGAAUCGUUUCGAGCAGUUUAACAUUAACUAUGCAAAUGAGAAGCUCCAGGAGUAUUUCAACAAACACAUCUUCUCCCUGGAGCAGCUGGAAUACAACAGGGAGGGGAUAAACUGGGAAGCUAUUGACUGGAUGGAUAAUGCAGAAUGCCUGGACCUCAUUGAGAAGAAACUGGGUCUACUGGCUUUGGUGAAUGAAGAGAGUCGAUUCCCCAAAGGCACAGACAACACCCUUCUGGAAAAACUUCACAGCCAGCAUAUGAGCAACCACUACUAUGUGAAGCCGCGAGUAACAGAUCAUCAGUUUGGGAUAAGACAUUAUGCUGGUGAGGUGCUCUAUGAUGUGAGAGGCUUUCUGGAGAAAAACAGGGACACCUUUCGAGACGAUAUUUUAAACAUGCUAAAAGACAGCAGGCUGGACUUCAUCUAUGAUCUUUUUGAGAGAGUCUGCAGCCGUUGCAGCGAAGAGACACUGAAGAUGGGCACCCAACGGCGCAGACCGACUGUCAGUUCCCAGUUCAGGGAUUCACUGCAUUCCCUGAUGGCCACACUUAGUACUUCCAAUCCAUUCUUCAUCCGCUGCAUCAAACCAAAUACAGAAAAGGCACCAAACCUCUUCAAUCCAGAGGUGGUUCUAAAUCAACUCCGAUAUUCAGGGAUGCUGGAGACGGUGAAAGUUCGAAGAGCAGGUUUCCCUAUACGGCGCCUUUUCCAGGACUUUCUCAGCAGGUACAAGAUGCUUGUGAAGGGGCCGAGUGCCUCAGACAACAGCAAAGCAGUAUGUGCAGGCCUGCUGCAGACCUAUGACAGCAGCAAGAAACAGUGGCAAUUGGGUAAAACCAAGGUUUUCCUGAAGGAAGCUCUUGAGCAGAAGCUGGAGAAGGAUCGGGAAGAGGAGUUGAGGAAAGCAGCUAUAGUCAUCCGGGCCCACAUCUUGGGCUACAUGGCAAGGAAGAAGUAUCAAAAGGUGCUAGCCAGUGUUGUUAUAAUCCAAAAGAACUACCGGGCGUACUUCUGGAAGAAGACCUUGCUGCGACUGAAGGCCUCUGCAGUCGUCCUGCAGAAGCACUGGCGUGGCCACCUGGCCCGCAGCCUCUACCAGCACCUGCUACAGCAGGAACAGCGGCGGAAACUGGAAGUGGAGGAGAAGAGGAGGCGAGAGGAGGAAGAACGGAUCAGAAGAAAGGAAGAGGAAAGACAAUGGCAAGAAGAGGAGGAGCGUAGGAGGAAACGGGAAGAGGAAGAGCUGAAGGAAAGCAGAGAAAAGGAGCAACUGAAUGCUCUACUCCACGUGGCUCAGGUGGAACUAGUAAAGACUGAGGAAGCAGAUAUUCCCCUGCAAGAAGAAGAGAGACAUCAAAUGGAGGAGAUUUUAAGACUAGAAAAGGAGAUUGAGAAGUUGCAGAAGCAGAAGGAGGAUCACAUGUCCAUCAUCUGUGAAAGCACCAGGAAUGAAAUCAAUCGGCAGAGAGAAGAAGAGAUCCAGAGGCUGGAAAAGGAGGCAUCUAGGGUUGCCCAGGAAUUUUUGGAACUGCUUGAUUUUGGCAAUUUGGAUGAAAGCGUUCAGAAUUUAGAGCAUUCACUCUCCAGUGAGGGAACACUCAACAUAGACUCUAGUCUGGUAGCACCAUUGGCUGAAGAAGAAGUGGAUGAGGGCUUUCAUGCUGAUGAUGAGGGACAACCAACUUCCAGUUUGGUGGUCUUGAAUCAGCACAGCACAAGAAACAGCAAUAACUGUUCAGAGGAAGCUGUGGACACAAACCCAUCACUUUUCCAAAGAGAGGUGGGAGAGAUUGUUGCUGCUCCAGGCCAACCUGUGGAAAGAACCGUAAGCCUAAAGGAGCAGAAUGCCCUAUCUGAUCCAGGGGGAAGCAUUUACAGUGCAGUCUCAGAUACACAGAGGAGUAACAGUGGAGAUGUGGGAGAGCCAGUUUACAAUUUACCUGUGGAUGUGGAAUCUGAUUAUGACCAUGAGGAGUUUGAUGGCUGUGGAGAUGCAGGUAGUGCCUCAGCUGAGCCUCUGAAUGGUGAGGAAGUCCUGAGACACUCCCAUGGCACCAGCAUGGACUCCAAUCGUGGAAGCCUGGACUCGUUUCUGGACAGUGAGGAGGAAGUGGAUGUUUACAUAGAUACAGAUGAAGAAUUUUGUAAUGGACGGGUCACCAUCUUCAAUGGUUCAGGACCGCCUUAUUUUCACAGCUAUCUCUACAUGAAGGGAGGCCUGAUGAACCCAUGGAGGCGGCGCUGGUGUGUUCUGAAGAAUGAGGCAUUCAUGUGGUUCAGAACCAAGCAAGAGGCGCUCAAGUCAGGCUGGCUCUACAAAAAAGGAGGCGGCAUGUCAACACUUUCACGCCGCAACUGGAAACGCCGCUGGUUUGUGCUUCGAGAAUCCAAGCUGAUGUACUUUGAGAAUGAUAGUGAGGAAAAGCUGAAGGGGACAAUCGAUAUUAGAAAGGCAAAGGAGAUCGUGGAUAUUCACGAGAAGGAGAAUGCCUUGGACAUUGUGACAGAAGACAGAGUGUAUCACAUUGUGGCAGAAUCACCUGAAGAUGCCAGUGGUUGGUUUAACGUCCUGAGCCGAGUACACGGUGCUACAGCACAGCAGCUGAGGGAAAUGCAAGAUGAACAGGCCAAUCCAAAGAAUGCUGUGGGAACUCUGGAUGUUGGGCUCAUUGACUCUGUCUGUGCCUCGGACAGUCCUGAUAGACCAAAUUCUUUCGUGAUCAUCACAGCAAAUCGAGUGAUUCAUUGCAACAGUGACACCCCUGAGGAGAUGCACCACUGGAUCUCCCUACUGCAGAAACCAAAAGGCGAAUCUAAGGUUGAUGGACAGGAAUUCCUUGUAAGAGGCUGGCUUCAUAAAGAGGUCCAGAGCAGCAACAAGAUGUCCUCUCUGAAGAUGAAGAAGCGCUGGUUUGUGCUGACAAACACUGCCCUCGAUUACUACAAGUCAUCGGAGCGCACCGCUGCCAAGCUCGGCACGCUUGUGCUCAACAGCCUGUGCUCAGUCGUGCAGCCUGAUGAGAGGGUCUUCAAAGACACAGGCUAUUGGAACAUCAUUGUCCAUGGGCGAAAGCAUUCGUACAGACUGUACACAAAGCUGCUGAAUGAAGCUAUGCGCUGGGCCUCUGCCAUUCAAGGGGUCAUUGACAGCAAAGUUCCUAUAGAAACUCCUACCCAGCAACUCAUUCGGGACAUCAGGGAAAAUAGUAUGAACUUUGAAGUAGUGGAACAGACAUAUAGGAGAAACCCAAUCUUGCGAUACACUCAGCACCCUUUGCAUUCCCCAUUGCUCCCACUACCCUAUGGAGAUGUUAGCAUCAAUUUGCAACAAGAGAAGGGUUACAGCAGCUUACAGGAUGAAGCAGUGAAGAUCUUUAACUCCCUUCAGGAGAUUGAGACAGUGUCUGACCCCAUACCUAUUAUCCAAGGCAUCCUGCAGACCUGCCAUGAUUUGAAGCCCCUGCGUGAUGAAGUGUAUUGUCAGCUCAUCAAACAAACUAAUCACAUGCCACAUCCCAACAGUCCUGGGAAUCUGCACCACUGGCAGCUCAUGUCAUGUAUGAGCUGCACGUUUCUGCCCAGUAGAGGGAUCCUUCGCUACCUCAAGUUCCACCUUAGAAGGGUAAAAGACCUCUUUCCAGGCUCAGAGAUAGACAGAUACGCCCAAUUCAUCAGUGAUUCCCUGAAAAGAACAAAGACCCGGGAAUUUGUGCCCUCCCAGGAGGAAAUACAGGCUCUCCUCACCCGUGAAGAAAUGACCACCACCGUGUACUGCCACGGCGGUGGCUCCUGCAAAAUCACCAUCAAUUCUCACACAAGCGCUGGGGAGGUUGUUGAAAAGCUGAUCCGAGGUUUAGCAAUGGAGGACAGCCGUAAUAUGUUUGCUCUCUUUGAACAUAAUCAGCAAGUGGAUCGUGCUGUUGAGAGUCGGGUUAUUGUGGCUGAUAUCCUGGCCAAGUUUGAGAGACUUGCUGGCUCUGAGGAGGAAGAGGAGGAAGGACAAUGGCAGCUAUAUUUUAAACUUUACUGUUUCUUGGAUGUUGAGAAUGUUCCCAAAGAUGGAGUGGAGUUUGCUUUCAUGUUUGAGCAGGCCCAUGAAAGCCUCAUAGACGGCCAUUUUCCUGCCCCAGAGGACACUUUGCAGCGCCUCGCUGCCCUACGGCUGCAGUACCUUCAUGGAGAUUAUUCCAAAAUAAGCUGGACCCUUGAUGGUGUCUACCCAGUUAACAGGCUAAAAUCAAAAAUACUGCACUCCACCAAGAGCAGCGGCAGUCACACGUUGGAGAGGAGACGGACCAGCUUCCUUGAAGGGACAUUAAAACGGAGCUUCAAGACAGGCUCUGUAAAGAAGCAGAAAGUAGAAGAGGAGCAGAUGAUGGAGAUGUGGGUGAAGGAAGAGCUUUCAGCUGCUCGGGCGAGCAUAGCACAGAAAUGGACCAAGCUGCAUGGACUCUCUCAGCAUCAGGCCAUGGUGAAAUACAUGUCCAUUGUAAAGGAGUGGCCAGGCUACGGAUCAACCCUCUUUGAUGUUGAGUGUAAGGAAGGGGGAUUUCCAAAUGAUCUUUGGCUUGGAGUAAGCACAGAAAAUGUGUCUAUCUAUAAACGAGGAGAUCCUAAACCUCUAGAAACUUUCCAGUAUGAGCAUAUUGUUUUCUUCGGAGCACCACAACCUAACACCUUCAAAAUUACAGUGGAUGAGAGAGAAAUGUUUUUUGAAACAUCCCAGGUGGGUGAGAUAAUAAAGAUCAUGAAAGCGUACAUCAACAUGAUAGUGAAGAAACGCUGCAGCGUCAAGUCCGCCACCAGCCUGGACAGCCACGCUAGCGUCUGGACGAGGUGAUAUGGAGGAACUGCUGUGAGACAGGGGCAGUUGUUUCAUGGACGAAACUUGCAACUUGCCAGCACAAGUGUAGCAAAGAUGUUUUUUAAAAACUCCACUUGACUGACUACUGUAUUUAAAAACUGAAGUGGUAUCUGCAAUACCAUAGGAUUUGCACCUCUGCCCAAAGACAUUAAGCAGUAACAACUGUUGUUAAAUAUUAACUGCCUAAGACUUGUUUUCCUUUGCUUGUUUGAUGAAUAAUGUACUUUAAAGAAGCAAAGUCAGAAGCAUCCUCCUUCUCCUGCUGCUCUCACAAUUUGGCAGAAAAAUUUACAUAAUCAUUUCUGCACUAGAGAUGUCAGACUUAAGCUUCCUUAUGAAUUCCCAACAUACAAACAUCUAGGGCCAUAGGAUUGCAGUAGGGUAUGCUAAAAGAAUAUUUGUUUUUAUUUAUUUUGCGAGCUACUUUGAAAUACAAUUCACUGUGGGGUUUUUCUCUUCAUGUAUAGUAAUGAUCUGAUCUGGUCUUAAAAGAAAGCACCUCUGUAUGAGCAAAGCCAAAUAGUCAAACUAACAGGUCACGUCCUACGUGAGACAAUUAAAAAGCAAACACACAAACACAUUUGCUGGUUCUUUACCUUCCAGGUACUUGACUGUAAAAAGUGGCACUUUACGUAAAAGUACUGAGUAUUCAACAUGUAAGAGAAUCUUGGGGACUAGCAGCACCAAAAUCAUCAGAUGCUAUGCCAGGUACCUGCCAGGCAGCAUAAAAAUUAACAACUGCCUUUCCACAACUACAGCCAAGGUGAUGAGAUUGAUUUAGUUGUGUUUCAAGCAGAGCUGUUGUGCACAAACUCCAGACUUUUGGAGGUUUUUACAGUGAGCAGCCUGCAUUAAGUUCUUUUCUUAUUUAUAUGGGAUUUCAGGAUGUCUGGCAUCCCUGAACAUUAGUUCUAAAUUAAGUGGUUCCUACUGAGUGAAGAGAUGCCUAGAUAAACUUUUAUAGGCAAUUAUUCCACUUCCUCUUUACUACUGCAGAUUGGAGACACCAAUCCCUUCAUCCUCCACCAAAUUCUAAUUGGAAAUGCACCCAUCACUGAGUCUUUAAAAUUGUUCCGGUCUCCUGAAGGUCCCUGAUCAGCAGCAAACUUUAGAACAAUAUUGCACUGCCAAAAUAACAGUUUUUUUAGAGGAUUUUAUAGUCAUUUGCAAAGAGGCUGCUUUUUUUCCCCCCUCCUAGUUAAAAGAUAAGUCAUCUUCAGUUUCUUAAUAAAUCUGAGGAGCUGUAAUGUAUGCCCAGCCACUUCUUUUUAUUUUUUUUUUUUUUAAAGUCAGAUGUUUCCCUUUUUGAAAAAGUUGCAGUUAAGGCUUAUUGCUCAGCUAAAAAAGCUGAGCUGGAAGCUAGGAGUCAAUAUGCUAUACAUUUGAUUCAAAUUUAUCCUCAGAUCGUGCCAUUCACUAAUACUAUAUCACUGGUUUUUAAGCUGACGAUACGGAUGAUAAAAAGCAGCAUGCUUAAUCUGUGCUUUUCUCUCACCUCCACUAUACUGCAGCAUGUGCAAUGUCACACAAUCCAGUUUAAGAAGAUAUCCACUGUUUGUAUCGUGGUUUCAAUUGGAGUUUUGCCUUAAAUAAUGAUCCUCCUUACAAACAUCCCAUUUUUGUCUCUUGAAAUAAAAAGAUGACCAGGUCACAAGUGAGAAUGAACAGGAACGCAGAGGUAGUGUGCAAAGUAAUACUUCAUAUCGGUCCAUACACUGACUAGAUCUUUUAUGUAUAAGAAUAGCCUUGAUUAUC